AUGCCGUGGGAACAAAACGAGUUGGAGAAGAUGAAAAACGUGAAAUAUUCGCAACCGAGACCGGCGACAAAGAAAAAAAUCGAAUCCGACAAAGAAUACGAACUCUUGAAAACGGAGCUGAAAACUUUAACGCUGAAAUACGGCGCGGGAUUGACUUUGUAUUGUUUACUCGGGUACGGCAUCGCGUCGAGUUUUAGCUCUGCGAUAGGUGUGAUUGGUUCGUACGUAUACCUCCAGUUCUUAUCCGAGUACGUGGAUACGGUGAACGAGGAGCGGGACGGGUAUAAGGAGGAGGAUUACACGAGGAAUUUGGUGUACGAACCGGUGACGGACGUGAAGAAGUUGGUGUUUGGCCCGGAGUCAGUUUUAGGUAAAAUUGCGACGAUUUAUUCGCGAGCGCUGUUUCAGAAGAGGUUGAUUGUUCCCGUGGUCGUAGUCGCGUCGGAGUCGUUGUGGAAUCACAUCCCAGGGCAUCCGUUUGAUUUUAACUACGGCGUCACGUUAAUUGGGUUUUUAACGUACAAGGCGAGCGCGUUAACGGUGACGUAUGGAACGUUAAAGCCUUUGUUACAGGAAGACGCGAAGAACGCCGGAAAUUGGGAACCGGAAGAAGAAGAAGAAGAAGAAGAAGGUGUCGAGUAA